CAAGGCCCAUAGCUCACAACAAAACACAUUGAAAAACAAAAACGAGGAGAGAUUGAGAGAGAAGUAGAAGAGGAGAGAGAAAAUCAAUGGCAUCGAUUGUGAGGAACACCCUCAAAGCGAUCAAGGAGAAGGGAUUAGGAAACUUCCUUCGUGAGCUCAGAGAAGAAGGUUAUCUGAGAUGUUUGCCGGACGGAAACCUCCUGCAAACCAAAAUUCACAAUAUUGGAGCAAAGGUUGUGGGUGUCGAUCAAUAUGGAAAUAAGUAUUAUGAAAAUCUGGAGCUUCAGUAUGGGAGACACAGGUGGGUAGAAUAUGCAAGUAAAAAUCGUUAUAAUGCUUCUCAGGUGCCACCAGAAUGGCAUGGUUGGCUGCAUUACAUAACUGAUCGCACCGGGGAUGAGCUUCUAGCGUUGAGCACGAGCAGGUAUGGAAUCAAGCACAAGGAAAACUUCUCUGGAGAGGGUGAUGAAUAUAUUUACCAUUCCAAAGGCCACGCUCUGAAUCCAGGGCAAAGAGACUGGACCAGGUACCAGUCAUGGCAGCCCGGCAAGAGCUAAAUUGUACGGUUGUACUUAAUUUUGCAUUGCAAGGCUUUUUACCCAAUGAAGUCACCUCCUGUGAUGAAUAAUGCCUCGCUUUAUGCAAAGUGCUCUUAUGGCUGAGCAAGUGUUUGGGAAUUUGAGCAUAAAUCAGGCAAAUCUAACAAUUGGAAUGUUGUUCUUCUUCUGUUUUUACGCGCGUUUCCUGAUAUUAUGAUGUUGCAAGAUUUUUUUGCAAAAUGUAUGUGAACUUUUUGUAUUUGUGCUCCA